GGAGCGGGCGGCGGUGGCGGCCUGGCGGAGCGGUGCGGGCCCGGCCGUGCAGGCAGGGCGCCGUGUGGAGCCAGGACACCGGGACACCCCGGGGAGCCACCAUGGCCCCGUGCCCGCCGCGACCUGUGCCGAGGCCGCCCGCCGCCCCUUAGUGCCGCCACGGCCAUGGUGCUGCUGCUGCUGCCACCGCCGCCACCACCGCGGGGAUUUCGGCUCGGCAAGGGGACUCUGGGUGCGUCUGCCAUGGUGACAUGAAUCGGGCAGCGGGGGACGCCGGACUGCUGGAGGGGAGAGCGCCUGCGCGGGCGGCCUGCUAGUGGUUUAAUUUAUUAGGAGUAUCCAGUUUAAUUUUACCUGUUCUUUUGGGGGUUGGUUGGGUGCUUCUUCCCCUCCCCGGCGCUCACGAGGGGAGGGGGUGAGCAGGGAAAGGGGCUCCCCCUCGCCCCGCGGAUGCAAGGAUGACUGUGCUGGCCAGGGCCCGGCGCGGUGUCUGGCAGCUCUCCCCGCAGGUGGUGUUGCUCCUGCUCUUUGCCUUCUGCCUGCUCAGUGUUUUCGUCUCUGCUUAUUAUUUAUAUGGGUGGAAAAGGGGCUUGGAGCCCUCUGGGGACGUGGCGGGGCCGGACUGCGACGAGCCCAAAGUGGCCCCUUCCCGCUUGCUGCCGUUGAAGACCAUCAAGGUGGCUGAUUCCUCCCGCACGGACCCCUUGGUGCUGGUCUUUGUGGAGAGUCUCUACUCCCAGCUGGGUCAGGAGAUCGUGGCUAUUUUGGAGUCGAGUCGCUUCAAAUACAGGACAGAGAUCGCCCCGGGGAAGGGGGACAUGCCCACGCUGACCGACAAGGACCGGGGACGCUUUGCGCUCAUCAUCUACGAGAACAUCCUCAAGUAUGUCAACCUGGACGCCUGGAACCGGGAGCUGCUGGACAAGUACUGUGUGGAGUAUGGCGUGGGCAUCAUCGGCUUCUUCAAGGCCAACGAGAACAGCCUGCUGAGCGCCCAGCUGAAGGGCUUCCCCCUCUUCCUCCACUCCAACCUGGCGCUGAAGGACUGCAGCAUCAACCCCAAGUCUCCCCUGCUGUACAUCACGCGCCCCAGCGAGGUGGAGAAGGGUGUGCUCCCCGGGGAGGACUGGACCGUCUUCCAGUCCAACCACUCCACCUACGAGCCGGUCCUCCUGGCCAAGACCAAGUCGGCCGAGUCCAUCCCGCACAUGAGCGUGGACGCAGCGCUGCACACCACCGUGAUGCAGGACCUGGGCCUCCACGACGGCAUCCAGAGGGUGCUUUUUGGCAACAACCUCAACUUCUGGCUGCACAAGCUGGUUUUUGUGGACUCUGUCUCCUUCCUGACGGGCAAGAGGCUCUCCCUGCCCCUCGACCGCUACAUCCUGGUGGACAUCGAUGAUAUCUUUGUGGGCAAGGAGGGCACACGCAUGAAAUGGAAAGAUGUCAAGGCACUGUUCGACACACAGAACGAGCUGCGCACCCACAUCCCGAACUUCACCUUCAACCUGGGAUACUCAGGGAAAUUCUUCCACACGGGUACCGAUGCCGAGGAUGAAGGUGAUGACCUGCUGCUGUCCUACGUGAGGGAGUUCUGGUGGUUCCCCCACAUGUGGAGCCACAUGCAGCCUCACCUCUUCCACAACCAGUCGGUUCUCGCCGAGCAGAUGACCUUAAACAAGAAAUUCGCUGUCGAGCAUGGCAUCCCCACUGACAUGGGGUACGCCGUGGCCCCCCACCAUUCAGGCGUGUACCCCGUGCACGUGCAGUUGUACGAAGCUUGGAAGCAGGUUUGGUCAAUCAAAGUGACGAGCACGGAGGAGUACCCUCACCUGAAACCCGCUCGCUACCGCCGUGGCUUCAUCCACAAUGGCAUCAUGGUACUCCCCCGGCAAACCUGCGGCCUCUUCACGCACACCAUCUUCUACAAUGAAUACCCCGGGGGCUCCAGUGAGCUGGACAAAAUCAUCAACGGGGGGGAACUGUUCCUGACCGUGCUCCUCAACCCCAUCAGCAUCUUCAUGACCCAUCUGUCCAAUUACGGCAAUGACCGCCUGGGCUUGUACACCUUCAAGCACCUGGUCCGCUUCCUCAACUCCUGGACCAACCUGAAGCUGCAGACGUUGCCGCCGGUGCAGCUAGCACAGAAAUACUUCCAGAUCUUCUCUGAGGAGAAGGACCCGCUGUGGCAGGAUCCCUGUGAAGACAAACGGCACAAAGACAUUUGGUCCAAAGAAAAGACUUGUGACCGAUUCCCAAAGCUCCUCAUCAUUGGGCCUCAAAAAACAGGAACAACCGCCCUUUAUCUCUUCCUGGGGAUGCACCCAGACCUGAGCAGCAACUACCCCAGCUCAGAGACCUUCGAGGAGAUACAGUUCUUCAAUGGACACAACUAUCACAAGGGCAUCGACUGGUACAUGGAGUUCUUCCCCAUCCCCUCCAACACCACCUCUGACUUCUACUUCGAGAAAAGUGCCAACUACUUUGACUCAGAAGUGGCUCCCCGGCGAGCUGCCGCCCUGCUCUCCAAGGCCAAAGUCAUCACCAUCCUCAUCAACCCUGCAGAUCGAGCCUACUCCUGGUAUCAGCACCAGCGAGCUCACGACGACCCGGUUGCCCUGAAAUACACCUUCCACGAGGUGAUCACGGCAGGACCUGAGGCUGCUCCGAAGCUCCGGGCCCUGCAGAACCGCUGCCUGGUGCCGGGCUGGUACGCCACACACAUCGAGCGCUGGCUCAACAGCUACCACGCCAACCAGAUCCUGGUCCUGGAUGGCAAGCUGCUCCGAACGGAACCCACCAAAGUGAUGGAGACGGUCCAGAAGUUCCUCGGUGUGACCAACUUCAUUGAUUACCACAAGACCCUGGCGUUUGAUCCAAAGAAAGGAUUCUGGUGUCAGCUUCUGGAUGGAGGGAAAACGAAAUGCUUGGGGAAGAGCAAAGGCAGGAAGUACCCUGAGAUGGAUUCGGAUUCGCGCGCCUUCCUGCGGGACUAUUACAGGGACCAUAACAUCGAGCUCUCCAAGCUCCUGUACAAGAUGGGGCAGACGCUGCCCACCUGGCUGCGGGAGGAGCUGCAGAGCACCAGGUAGCUGCUGCCCACCACGACCCAGCAAUACCUGAGCGGGAUGGAGCCCUGCACCCAGCGGGACCUUCCUCAGCAGUACCCGGCCUUGGAGGGGACCCCUGGAGCAGAUACCUUGGAGGGGACCCCCGGAGCAGACACCUUGGAGGGGACCCCCGGAGCAGACGGCUGCACUGGAGGCUGCCCAAGGCAGCCUGACUGCAGUCCCGGUGCUGCCACCUCUCCACCUACCCCACACCCCUUUCUAUUUCAUUUUAUUUUUCCUUUUUAAUUGCUGGGCCUGUUGAUGAGGUCCCUUCCCGCCCCACUCUGACAUGGGGAGGUGGCACAAAUUCCCCCUUUCUCAGCCCAAAAUGGGCUCCGGCUCCCUGGGCCUGAGGGCAGCAAAGAGCCGUCCCUCACGUCCUGGUGUGAGGGUAGAGAAGCCGCUCUGGGCACGCUGGAGGUGACUUUGCUGAGCUGGAGCAGAACAGCGGAGCUGGUGGAGACCCAAAGCACACAGGGACCCAGACCUGCUCCUGCCACCAGCCCCAGUGCAGGAAAUGGGAGAGUUUACUGGAUUCUACUUGGAAAAGUGGAUUUUUCUUUGAAAGGUUCGGGCAUGAAUUCUUUUAUCAUCUCUGUUUGUUUUCAAGCUCCUCAACCUCUUAUUCUUUCUCCAUGGGCAGCAUGAUGGGACCGUGGCCGAGCAGGAGACUGGUCCAGAUGUGCUGGUCCCAGUGUGCAGGUCCUGGUGUGCUCCUGUUCCCCACAGCCCACCCUCAAUCUUGUUCACUCGUGGUGUUUCCUGUGGUAAAGCCAAGCGGUACCCAACGUCCCCCGGCACAGAGGAGAGCCGGCCCUUGGGGACAGGGUGGACGUUGGGAUAACGGCAAUCGGAAGGAUGCUGAGAACUUCAAACCUCUUGAAUAUUAAAAACAAAAAGUAUUUUAAUAAUGGGGGGGUGUGGGGUGGGUUCAUUUGGUUCUCAUUUUGCAGGGGGUUGUGUUUCUUCAGUGCCAGAAUUUGUACCAAAGCCCUGAGGGGUUUAUGUGGUCUCUUUGAUUGUUACACGUGACGUGGACGAAGGUCAGUGGAGAUACAGGGGAUGGAUUCCCAGCUGGAGAUGGCAGCUUUAUGCCGGUGGUGCCGUACGGAGCUGCAUCCCUGUGUCCUGUCCCCUGGGGUUUGCUGGUGCGGAUGGCAAAUGAGACUGAGCCACCACAGGUUUGCUGGGGUAAGCGCCCAAAUUCCCCCUCGGAUGGAGGGAUGCAGGAUGGCAGCGGUUGCUGCUGGAGGUGGAUGCGGUACCCGGGAUGCUGCCCUCACCUCUGGAGCAGGGGGGAACACGGUGUUUCACCCUCGGUGAGAGGGGUCCCACUGGCAGGGGGGGUUCCUACCCUGUUAUUCCUGCAGGAGCCCCUGCAGCUAUGCAUGGAGCCAUGGGGGGGCUGCAUCCCCUCUGCCCUCCAUGGGGUUGUAUUGGGAGAGGCUCCCGAGCGCCAGUGGCAAUUGAACCAACUGCUAAUAAAUGGGGGGCUCUGGUUUUA